AUGUUCAACUUAACUUCAUCCUACCCUAUCCUUGAAAAGAGGCUCCCUUACCCUCCAAGACCAACAAUCCGGACUGGGUUUGGAUGCCCCAAAUGUUUUACAGCAUCCGGUGCUAAAGUACCUUUGACAUAUGUCAAACGCUUACAGACUCACCUCAUUGGAUUGAAGUGCCUGGUUAACCCAAAGCAUUUCAUCACACCUUUUCUUAAAGAUGUAGAUGAUGCCGUGAAACAUUACAAUGAAAGAGCCAACAAUCCACAAUCAUUAGCCCAUUUGUUGAACUCAGAAGUGGAUUCAGCUUCUACAUCGGUCACAAAAAAGGUCUCCAAUGAUCUUCUCUGUGUUGGUGUAAACGGACGUACUGCUUUGGGUCAUCGAAACCAUCGACUGCAACGAUGCCCAAACGGACUAUGCAAAAAAUGUUGUAUCACACUGGCUAACACGUGCUCUCACCAUCGUCAAAACAACACACCGUCAUCGUCAAAUGGAAUGGAAACAAAUCUGGAUUUUCAUAAUCUUUUUCCACCGCAAUCAGAUGUGUCUUCAGCCAACAAUGAGAUCCAAAUCGCUCCAAACCAUGUAUCUCAACGUCUCAUCAACCCCCAGGCUGAUCGACGUGCAAUCAAAAACCUUCCACGAGAAGCGGUAGCUUUUGCAAAUGCAGCUCGGAAUCAUAUGCAGAAUACGAGGGAUGCUAUUGCUGCUUACGAGUUAACAUUACGAGUAUGGAUGAAGCCCGGUGAAUGUUUCAAUAUCCCUGCCCCUGCUAUCAACUUCCCUCGUUAUGCCUUAAUUGAGAGUGGCCCACUUGUUACGAUGGCCAAGGAUAUUUUUUCUAACGAUCCAUCGUGGAUGACUAAACUGGUAGUCUUGCGCCCGGGUUCUUCAGAAUGGAGACUCACCGAUGUCACUGUACCCUUUACCUACCCUUCGACUACCACCGAGAUCUUGAUACGCCCAUUCAAUCUUUCAGAAGACCAAUGUAUUGGCAUCACUACUUUCAUUGAACAAAUCAAUGAAAGUAGUGCAAAGCCCUCAUUCUCGAUUUCUCGGCUACUUGACAAUCCUGAAGCAAUGGGAGAUUGGAAUAGCCCUGGGUCUGAAUCCGAACCAGAAAUCGAAAUCGUAAAGUCAACAAAACGGAAGAGAGAAAACAAAACUGAACACAGCUCCUCCUUGAACGAAUCACCUAAGAAGAAACACCAAAACUCGCGAUCGUUUCCGGGAUCAACUUGUUUACUUUCAGAAUUAUUGAUAUGGUGCUCCAAGGCUCCAGAUGGCUGCGCGGGAGGGCUCGCCAAAUCAACCUGGUUUGAAUUGUUUGGGGAUCGAUAUGAUCCUGACAAAGGACUCAGGACUCCUUAUCGAUAUCGCAAGUGGGCCUUAAACAUGCAAGCCAAGUUGAAGGAAUGGAUGAAAAACAAAAACAAUCCUACGGUCCGGGAUGCUGUAGAUGUCUUCCGAGAAUCUUUUCAUAGAGUUGCGUCUCUCUCAAAGGAUAAAGUAGUCAAAACUAUCAUCAUAGACUAA